CAAAUCUUAUCCAUAUUCUCCUAGAGCUAUGCACGGUAAAGACUUCUUAUUUUACUGAGCACUAAUUGAGUUUCUGAGUCGUUGAAAAAUGUAUUAUUUUUUUAUUUUUGUAAUAAUUCAUAUACUAGACAGCUUCGUAUAGUAUUCUGAAGUUUGAGAGUGAAUUAAGUGUGAUUUUGAGAUUUUCGAAAAUUACCAAAAACUACAUAAAUGAAGACAGUUUACAGGAAACUAGUAACCGAGAAUAAAACAACAGAGGAAGUAUUUUAAAGAUAAGUGCAAUCUCACAUUACAAUUCCAAUUUCAUACAAUCAUGUACAUACAGCAUAGCAAAACAUGGCGUUCUGGCGAUUGUUUAUGUUUUGUGGAGAGAUAGCUUACGAAAUUAUGAGGAUUCCUAUGAAGCUCUAUUUGAUAGUAUUCGUCUGUGCAACCGUCUUGUUUGUGCAAUAUCACAUUUACACACCCUACACUCAAAAUGAAUAUAGUUUUGAAAGGAAGGCGCCGUGUGAAACGGUUAUUGGAAAAACUGCAACCGAUCUACCCCCACUGUACAUAGUAACUCCAACUUAUAAAAGACCUGAACAACUAGCUGAGUUAACUCGGCUAUCACAUACUCUUAUGUUAGUGCCCAAUUUAAUAUGGCUUGUGAUCGAAGAUGCUUAUAGUACCAAUAGUUUAGUUGAUGAUGUGUUGAAAAGGUCUGGUAUCAAAUAUCAGUACAUGAUAGCUCCUAUGCCUGUGGAAUACAAAAACAAAACUAAAGGACCCAAACCCAGAGGAGUGUCAAAUCGGAACAAAGGCUUGAACUGGAUCAGGGAAAAUGCUUACAAUGGAGUAUUUUAUUUCGCGGAUGACGAUAAUACUUAUGAUUUAGAUCUGUUUAGUGAGAUACGGUAUACAAAAACUGUAUCCUUAUUUCCUGUGGGUCUUAUUACAAAGGCUGGCGUAAGUUCACCAAUUGUCCGGAACGGCACAUUCCAUGGAUUUUACGACGGCUGGAUAGGCGGAAGGAAAUUUGCAGUGGAUAUGGCCGGAUUUGCGGUCUCAGUCCAAUUCCUCUUAUCCAGACCACAAGCUUCCAUGCCUUACAAGCCCGGCUUUGAAGAAGACGGCUUUCUGAAAAGCUUGGCCCCUUUCGAGCCUUCACAGGCUGAACUUUUGGCUUCCAAUUGCACAAGAAUAUUGGUGUGGCAUACACAGACGAAGAAAAAUGAACCAUCUUGGCCGUUAGAUUAUACAAAAUACAACAAUACGAAUCUGAUAUCGCUCAAGAAUAUUUUGGUAUGAGUUUUGGUGCUAUUAUAUUCAAUAAAGGGUAGUACCAUUACCUAGGCAGGACCUAGGUCAGAAUAAAUUUACUCCUACUGGAUUGCUCUAGCAAAAAGUAGCUCUAGUAGUGGAUAAAACUAGGGAUUAAACCACCCCUGGGACAAGCCUGUAUUUUAUAGGAAACCCCUUUGCUAUACAAUUCUCAUCUACAUAUCCAUUUAUACUUUAAUUGUUAUUGCUAAAAUUCAUUGACUAUUAUAUUAAAAAAAUACCUAACUAUAUACUAGGAUUAAUGUUCCUGAGUUGUUUUUCAAAUUAGUACUUAAUUUAUUAAAUUUUAGUAUCCUAGUUAUAUCUCCAACCAAAGGAAAAACAGCAGGAACAUAUUUAACUGAGGAUAUAUAUAAUAAGUCUUCUUUUAGGCAUUCCACUUUCUUCAAAAUACGUUAAAAGCUUAAGGGUUCAAUAAACCAACUAAAGCCAAUCGCUAGCAAGUUGAUUUUGUACCUGAACAAAUAAACUAACAAUGUUAAUAUUUAUUUUUGUAUAUUACUGUCCAUUUGGCUAGUCAUAAGAUAGUAUUGUAAAAUCGCUAAUAUUGCCUCUCAAAUAUCAUUUUCAGUUCCUUCACAGAUACAUAUAUCUUUCUAAAAUAAAUCAUACAUAUUCCUGUGAUGUUCUUGAAGCAUAUUUCUCAAACAGCCAAACUAUGUAUAUAACAUAAUAUAUCAUUAAGGAAAAUGGAGAUGCAAUGAACAUCCAUGAGAAUAUUUUGCAGUAGAUUCCCUGAGAGCUUCAAAUUCUUUUAGAUAAAUGCAUCUGUGGAAAUAAAAGACUUUAGUUAUAAUUUUGAUGUUAAACUAUGACCUAUAGGGCGCUUAGUAUAAUAUGGUGGAACAAAAACGUACAAAAAUGUUACGUUACUUUUAAGCUAAUAAUACUUACAAUUUGAAAUGAACAUAGUUUGACAUUAUUUUAAAAAAUCUUGAUUGGUACUCUGUAAGUACGUCGUUAUAUGUUCUUUAUUUUUUAUUAUACGAUAUCAUACCUCAAUAAAAAUUACAGUAUUUGUAUUUAUAAGUUCAUUCCUUACGUAAAACAACUCUAUGUGUUUAAACUAACAUAAAAAUUAAUAUGAAAUGUGCCUUCACAGGUAAACCAUAAUAUGUUUAAAGUGCAUUAGAUAAUUUUAUCGAGGUAUAAUAUUGGAUAGUGAUUUUAUAUACAAUAAGUGUUGAGUUACUGCAAAAAUGAUUGUGAUACUUUUUUAUAAGAUGUAAAGAUUUAGUCACUCAUUAAAAACCCAUAUCCCAUUUUAA